AUGUCAGCAGCGAACCUAGCCCAGCUGUUGGCCCAAUGGGUACGGGAAGCGGGAAUUUCCGAUCAGCACGAGUAUGAGGACAUGGUAUGGGCAAAGACUAAAGAGGUCAUGGCAGAAUUUGUGCACUACAUGCAGCGCGACGAUAUACUACUGUAUGCAGCGAACUGUGGUAACACAGGAUGGGACCACCCCGACUUUCCUAGCGCCCCUGACAUCUAUCUUGGACAGACGGUGGGGGAUAAAAUUGUAUGCGUACUGAUGGUAGGGGCCUUAUUUUUCAUGAAUGGGUGGAGUGGUGCAAAACCGGUUAGCGAACAGGAGGAUGACACCAGUGCAAGAAUAACGGAGCACUUACGAUGUAUAAUAGCGCAUAUGUUCAGCGCCGUAUUAAACGAAUCCGUGUGUCCAGCAAGGCGGGGCACAUCCUAUGCAUGGAGACAGAUGGAAGGAAUGGACACUGGGACGGACAGUUUUCCGCCAGGUUUAAUAAAGAACGGGAGAUGUGGUAGAGAAAAAGUUGCGCAUUUGCAAAUAAGGGACCUUGAGUUAAAUGCGGAAGUAAAGAAAUGGUUAGGGCAGAAUAGUACACUAAAAGAGGCAAUACAGAAAUUAAAAGGCGGUGCACUGUGCAGCACGCUGUGGAAGGACACAUGGAACCUACAGGAGAUGAUAGGGAACGGGAAGACGGAGGAUACCUCAGGGUUGCAGAUUGCUCCGAUAGUAGAGGACUUGAAGGCAGGAAUGAUAAAACUAUUUACGGAAAUCGGGAAACAGGCAGCGGACAGCAUAGAAAAAAGGAAGCAGGAGAAGAAGGGGAAGUUAGCGAACGAUGGCACAAACGCGGAGGCUGCCACCACCCAGGAGGGGACCACACCACCACCACAGGAACAGGCAGGUAAGAUCGACGGGGAGAAAGCACUAAUACGGUCGCACACGGGAUCACACGGCCCGGUCCGUACGGUACCGAUAUAG